AUGUCGACUGCGCAGCAGCAAGGGGCUGUUGCCGCUGUAGCGCCGCCGCAGCAACAGCAGUACCAACAACACCAGCAAGAGCAGCAGCUGCUGCUGCAGCAACAGCAGCAACAGCAGCAGCAGCAGCAGCAGCAGCAGCAGCAGCAGCAACUGAACUCCAGCGGUCUCGCACUCCAUGCGUCUGCAAACCUUGCAGAAGUAGCAGCAGCUGCUGUUGGCAGCAGUUUCGCUUCACCAGUUUUAGAAGGAGCAGCAGCAGCAGCGCCUGCUGCUGCCACACACAACGUCGGUUCGGUGCAGCAGCAGCAGCAGCAGCAGCAACAGUCUGCUGCUGCUGCUGCUGCUGCUGUAUCGCCCCCCAGCAGCAUCAGCAGCAGCACGACUUCAACAUCUUUUCAACAGCAGCAGGGCGAGGCAGCACCCGAUGGGGGGGCCUGCGGCCCUGUGCAGCAGCAGCAGCAGCAGCCGCUGCUGGCUGCAGCAGCAGCAGCAGCACCAGCAGCAGCAGCAGCAGGAGCUGGAGAUUCUUGUGGGCUUCUCCCUGCCGCAGCAACAACACAUGCGAGUAGCACUGAGGUAGCGCAAAACGGCAGCAGCAGCAGCAGCAGCAGCAGCCCAAUGCCAGUUAAUCAAGCGGUUUCAACGUUUUCAGAAGCACCAGCAGCAGCAGCAGCAGCAGCAGCAGCUGCUGCUGCUGCUGCUGCUGGUGUUCCGGCAGCAGCGCCGUGCGAGUCUCCGCCUUUGGCGGGCGAGGUUGGCGGCGUCGGCGGGGGAGCAGGAGCUGCUUCCGCCGACAGCAGCAGCAGCAGCAGCAGCAGCAGCAGCAGCAGCAGCAGCAGCAGCAGCAGCAGCAGCAACGUGCCUCCUUUGCUGCUGACGCCGUGCGUGCACUCUUAUGACUGCACGAGUGGGGAGCUGCAGCUGCUGGGGGAAGAAGUGGCUUUGCUGCAGCCUUUUUUGCUGCAGCGGCGGUGGCGGGACCGACCCCAGCGGCGAGCAGCACUGGAGUUGAUUCAGGAUGACUUGGGGAUUGUUGCUGCUGAUGUUGCUGCUGCUCUUUGCUGCAGCAGCAGCAGCAGCAGCAGCAGCUUCAAGCUGGACAUCGAGCUGCUCUCGAUUGAGCAGCAAAAGAGACUCUUCGCCUACGUCAACAGCAUGGCCCGGGCCAACCGGCAGCUGCUGCUGUCCCGCGGUUUGCUGCAGCCUCCUGCUGCUGCUGCUGCUGCUGCUGCUGCUGCUGCAGCGGAGGGCGGGCAGCAGCGCAGGACGCCUGCUGCUGCGGCGGCUGCUGCGGCCGCCGCCCAGAGGGGCAGGAAGAGCCUUGCUGCAGCAGCGAACGCGCAGGGGCCCGAGUCCGACAGCAGCAGCAGCAGCAGCAGCAGCAGCAGCAGCAGCAGCAGCGACGACUCCCUCAGCUCCACCAGCAGCAGCGACUCCGACGAGGAAGACGCGCACCCCCACUUCCGCGCUCCUGCUGCGCCCCCCAUCAACCCCCAGCAGCAGCAGCAGCAGCAGCAGCAGCAGCAGCUCCACGCCCAGCAGCAGCAGCAGCAACUCCACACACACACUCCCCAGCCAGCAGCACCCCCGCCCGUUGCUGCUGCUGCUGCUGCUGCUGCUGCUGCUGCGGCUCCCGGGGGCGUGCUGCCCGCCGGCGCCCCGCCGCAGGGCGCCGCCCCCGCUGCUGCUGCAGCCGCGCCCCCCCCAGCAGCAGCAGCAGCAGCAGCAGCAGCAGCAGCAGCAGGGCCUUUGCUGCAGAAGGGACUGCCGGAAUAUAAACCCGUUGCUGAAGAUGGAGAAAAAGUUCAAAUCCGAGAAGAACUUAUGGGCCGCCACGCGGACUUCCUGGGGGUCAUCGACGCGCAGCAAACCGACGAAGGCGUUGCUGCGGGGCCGCAAGAGCCGAAGGCGACGGCGUGGCAGGAGUGGAAGGGCCAAGUUAUACAGCAGGGUUUUGCUGCUGAGAGAGCAGCAGCAGCGCCGCAGCGGACGGCCAGUGAGAUCAUAGCUGAGGGCUACGACGCGAGGAUUUGA